AUGGAGCCUGUGUUCUCCCCUAAAGCUGUCGCGCCAAUCGGCCCAUACACCCAAGCCAUCAAAGCCAACGGCAUGGUCUUUCUCUCAGGGCAAAUCCCCGCCGACUCACAAGUAAAGCUCAUAGAGGGGACUAUUGCUGAAAAGACUCACAAAAUGUGUCAAAACGCAAAAGCUGUUCUGGAACAAGCGGGGUCCAGUCUAGACAAAGCUGUGAAGGUUAUAGUUUAUUUCAAUAAUCUCGAUGAUAUGCAGGAGAUGAACGAGGUUUAUGCUAAGUACUUCCCGCACAAGCCAGCCCGGAGUGCGAGUGAGUCACCGAAACUCCCAGCUGGUGCAAGCAUGGAGAUGGAUAUCAUUGCGCUGCAAUAA